AUGCAAGAGCUCCGGCUCAAAGCCUCGGAGCUCCUCCUCCGAGAAGAGUGGCACGAUUCCGUACAAGUCUAUACCCAAUUCAUCACCCUCUGCCGAUCCCAUAUCGAGAAACACCCGCCGCCGCUGUGCAACUCCCCUCAUCUCACCAAGAUCCAGAGAUCCCUCUGUCUCGGCCUCUCAAAUCGAGCGGAGGCCCACUUCCGGCUGAGAGAUCCCGACAAAGCGCUCAGAGAUUGCAACCAAGCGCUGGAAAUCGAACCCACCCAUUACAAGUCUCUGCUCGGCAAAGGCAGGAUCUUAUUCGCCUUAAACAGGUACUCCGCCGCUUUGCUCUGCUUCAAAUCAGCUCUUCUGGAAGACCCACAAUCCAACGAAACCCUAAACGGGUACAUUGAGAAAUGUAAAAAGCUCGAGUCUUUAUCGAGAACCGGCGCUUUCGAUCUCACCGAUUGGAUUCUCAACGGGUUCCGGGGCAAGACGCCAGAGCUUGCAGAGUACGUGGGAGCGGUGAAGAUCAAAAGAUCCGAGGAGCUCAGUGGGAGAGGCCUUUUCGCUACCAAGAACAUGGAUGCAGGGACAUUGGUGUUGGUCACUAAAGCAAUCGCCACAGAGAGAUGCAUAUUAUCCAAUGAAGAAGAAGACUCCGCGGAGAACGCCCAAUUAGUAAUGUGGAAGAGUUUCAUCGACCAAGUCUCCGACUCUGCCGCAAAGUGCACCUGGAUUCGCCGGCUAAUUAGUACAUUAUCCCCAGGAGAUGACGAAGCCAGCCUUGAGAUCCCUGAAACAGAGCUCUUCAAGGGGGAGCUUACAGAGGAAUGCGGCGACUUGGAACCGGACCUGAGCUCCGACGACCUUCUCAACAUACUGGACGUUAACUCCCUGGUGGAAGACUCGGUGUCCGCCAAGGUUUUGGGGAAGAACAGCGAUUACUAUGGUGUUGGUUUGUGGGUCCUAGCUUCAUUCAUCAACCAUUCAUGCAUCCCAAACUCACGCAGGCUGCACGUUGGCGACUAUGUAAUGGUUCAUCUCUCCAAGGAUGUGAAAGCAGGAGAAGAGCUCACGUUCAGUUAUUUUGACGUGCUUCUGCCGUUAGAGAAGAGGAAGGAGAUGUCUCAGACAUGGGGGUUCAGUUGCCACUGCAGGAGAUGCAGGUUUGAAGAAGGGUUUUGGGCAGAUAAGCAAGAGCUGAAGGAGAUUGAGAUGAUGGGGCUAGGAAAGGGAAAAGGAAUGGUAGAUUUCGGGGGAGUGAUCUUCAGGAUAGAGGAAGCAAUGAAGAGAUGGAACGUGAGAGGGAGAGAGAAGGGCUAUUUGAGAGCGUCGUUUUGGGGUGUUUAUGAAGACGGUUAUGCGUCAGUGAAGAGGUGGGGGAGACGAAUCCCGGCAAGUGAUGUGGUGGUGGAGAGUGUUGCAGAAGCUGUGGGAAGUGACGAGAGGCUGUUGAAGGUUUUGAUGCGAGAUAUGACGAACAUGAGUGGAGUAUUGGAGAUUGAGAGAGCCAUGAAGCUCGGGAAGGGGGUGUAUGGGAAAGUUGUGAAGAAAAAAUUACUUAGAUCACUGAUUGGUGUUGAAAUUCAAGAACAGAAGGUAUAUUGA